UUCAUCCAACGGUAGGAGAGACGCUACGUGGCAUCCGCUUCGGCUUUCGGUUAGGACCGGCUUGAGGCCGAUGGAAGGGAGGGGGGGAGGGGUGGCGGCGGGGGGGCGGUGAUCGCGAAAAAAGGGAGGCUCAACAGGAGCAACAGCCUAACCUGAAGAAGCGAAGAGAUCAAUGGCGGAGCAUCACGAGAUCGAACCGGAGGUGUUCGAGCUAACGAAAGAUAAGAUCACGGUUAAGAUAAGCAACUGGGGCGCCACCAUCACCUCCCUCCUCGUCCCCGACGCACAUGGCAAUCUCGAUGAUGUUGUUCUUGGCUUCGAUUCCAUGGAGCCAUACAUUAAAGGAAUGGCACCUUACUUUGGAUGCAUUGUUGGCCGAGUUGCAAAUAGAAUCAAAGAUGGGAAGUUCACUCUCAACGGGAUGGAGUACUCCUUGCCCAUUAACAAGCCACCCAAUAGCCUUCAUGGUGGGCGUAAGGGCUUUGACAAGGUGCUGUGGGAGAUUGCAGAGUAUAAUAAAAAUGGUGAAAAUCCAUCAAUUACUUUCAGGUAUCACAGUAAAGAUGGGGAGGAAGGAUACCCUGGAGAUGUCAGUGUUACUGCAACUUACUCUCUUCCGUCAAGCACGUCAUUGAAACUAGAAAUGGAAGCAGUGCCUCAGAACAAGGCUACUCCAAUUAGCUUAGCUCAGCACACCUACUGGAACUUGGCCGGACAUAAUUCUGGAAACAUACUGGAGCAUUCAAUCCAGAUACCAGCAUCUCAGAUAACCCCUGUUGAUGCAAACACAGUCCCAACAGGGGAAAUAAUGCCUGUCAAAGGUACGCCCUUUGAUUUCUUGAAAGAGAACAAGAUAGGCAGCAGGAUCCAUGAAGUUCCUGGUGGGUACGAUCACAACUAUGUGUUGGAUUGUGGAGAAGAAAGGUCUGGCUUGAGGCAUGCGGCUAGGCUGAAGGAUCCUUCGAGCUCAAGGGUUUUAAAUAUUUGGACAGACGCACCUGGGAUGCAGUUUUAUACUGGCAAUUAUGUGAAUGGUAUUGUGGGUAAAGGUGGUGCUGUAUAUGGGAAGCAUGCGGGGCUUUGCUUGGAGACUCAGGGAUUUCCAAAUGCCAUCAAUCAGCCAAACUUUCCCUCUGUUGUGGUUCAACCUGGUGAAAAAUACAGGCACGUAAUGCUCUUUGAGUUCUCGGUGGAGUGAUGAUGUAGAGUCAUUGUGGUAAUAAAAUAAAUGCGCUUGAUGUUGGAGAUGUUUUAACAACAAUAAAGAAUAAUAAAGUUGGUUUGAAAUUACUUUGUAACCUU